CUCUAUUGGAAUUAAACUGUAUAAUAAAUUUUUAUCAGAAAUGGAUCAAGACCAGGAACAGUUACUCGUACUUUGCAAAACCCAUAAGGCCAAGGCACUUGAGAUUGUAGUGGAGAAGAUCUUGAGUAAUCCUAAUAUUUAUAAAUUCGCUGAGUUCUUGGAUCUGGAGAAUGUCCAGAAGUUGGGAGAGGCCAAUAAGCAUCUCAAAACAUUAAAGCUUUUCGCAUAUCAUAAUUAUAGUGACUAUAAGGGUAGUUCAGAGUUUAUUGAGCUUACUGAACCUCAGCUCAAGAAGCUGAAGAUGCUCUCGAUAGUUACUAUGGCUGGGGAGAACAAGACUCUGAGCUACUCUACUUUGAGAGAGGAGCUGGACAUCGGAUCUAAAAAUGAUCUUGAGGAGAUCUUACUUGAAUCUAUCUAUAAUAAACUCAUUACAGCUACGUUAGAUGAAAGAAAUCAGAAUGUACAGAUCGAAUGGACUUUUGGGAGAGAUUACUUCUAUGACCCCACUUCUGACAACAAUAUUGAGAUUGACAAGCUGUCUUCUUGGGUAAAGAAGAUGGAAAAGGUUGAAGAUAGAAUGGAAGCCUUGAUCUCUGACCUUGACAAUAACUUGCUAGAAUCUAAAGAAGCCAAAAAGCAGUUUGUAGAAAUUCUUGUAUCUGAAAGCGCAACCGAUGAUAAAGAGUCAAGCAUCAUGAAGAAAGUAGGAAGUGCAGCAUCCAAGAUCACCGGAAUGUUCAGGUAAACUUUCUAAAAAAUUCAAUAUGAGUUAAAGCAUCUG